AUGAAUAUAGGAGCUAUUCUUCCAUCUAUUUGUGCAUUAUUUCGUCCUUCUUUAUUGAUUCCUCACAUAACAGUAGGAACUUUUGCAGAUAUUCCUGAUCAUCUUUCAAGUUCACUCAAAAAUAGCAUAAAAUCACCACAUUUUCACUUAGAUGUUGAUAUUCGUGCAAUUGUUAUUGAUAAAGAUAAUUGCAUAAGUAUUCCAAAGAAACUUGAACUUUAUGAUGCAUAUAAAGAAAAAUGGGAACAAUUGAGAAAAGAAUUCAAGGGGAAUAAACUCUUAAUUGUAAGCAAUUCAUCAGGAAUAUCUGAUGGACCAUAUUUUCACGAGGCAAACAUUCUUGAAGAAAGGUUGAAAAUCCCUGUGUUACGGCAUAAAAAGAAAAAACCUAUGUGUUUCUCUGAAGUUAUAGAAUACUUAAAAGCAAACACAGAUGUCACUUCUCCUUCUCAUGUUCUUGUAAUAGGUGAUCGUCUUUUUACUGACGUGCUAAUGGGAAACAAAAUGGGAGCAUGGACUAUCUGGAUUAGAACCGGAAUAGUUAAAAAUACACAAUUUGGAUCUCUCGAAAGAGCUUUAUACACUAUACUAAAAAAAAGCUCAAUCUCUCCAUGUCUUCCUCGAAUUUAA